UUACCAAACCAGAACAAAGUAACAGUGUGUCCAAAAUUUAAAAUUCCAAUAUCUCAUCUCAUCUAGUCAUCGAAGUUUGUUCUUCCCUCUUAGUCUCUCUCUCUACAAAGUCACACCUUCUCUCUCUCUAGUAGCAGAUCCAUCAAUGGAACAAGAAAAUCGGAACCCAUCUGUGAUACCAUCCCCAAACAGCCAUAGCACUAAUAGUACAAGCAGUAGCAGCAGCAAUGGACUCAACCCAUUACCACCACCACCAACUACACCUAGACCCAUCACCAGAUCCGAACCAAAUAGCCCGUACCCAACAACUUUCGUCCAGGCAGACACCUCCUCCUUCAAACAAGUAGUACAAAUGCUCACCGGAUCCUCCGAAACCGCGAAGUCCGCUGCCGCAGCCAAAUCCGAUCCACCGAAGAAUCCGAUCCCACCCAUAAAGACUUGCCCCAAGAAAGAGCGAGCUUCCAAGCUAUACGAGCGAAGGAACAGCCUCAAGAACUUCAAGAUCAGUCCAUUAGUCCCGGGUCUCGUCCACAAUUCCGGAUUUUCGCCCCGAAAUCUAACCACGUCGGAGAUCUUGUCGCCGAGCUUGCUUGACUUUCCGUCGCUCACUCUCAGCCCGGUGACUCCGUUAAUACCCGACCCGUUUAAUAGAUCUCCGAUCCAUUCUGUCACUACAAAUAUGGAUAUCGUAGCUGAAGAUAAAGCGAUUGCGAAAAAGGGAUUUUAUUUUCAUCCAUCACCCGCGAAUACCCCAAGAGGAGAAUCGGCGCCCCGACUAUUGCCUUUGUUUCCGGUCACAUCGCCCCGAAUUUCAGGUUCUUCUUCCACUUGAAUGAGUUUUAUUAUUAUUGUAAAAUAAUACCUCUUUUAUAUAUAAAUUUGGGGUUUAAUGAGCCAAAUAUUGUUAAAUUUGAAAUGGGGUAUUUUCGUUAGAA